GAAGCACGACUGUGUGGCAACAUUUGAUCUGGGUCCUGUCUUAAAGGUUGGUCGAAGAAUGGAGUGAAAUAAUCAGACGUCUGAAAAUAUAAUUUUGAAGCUAUUGAACCAAAUUUUUAAGCUUUCUUGAAAAUGUCUGCAAGUGCAAGGGUUUCUGCUAUAAGCAAGAAAAAGAAGUUUGUCAAGGAUGGAGUUUUUAAGGCAGAAUUGAACCGCUUCCUUACAAAUGAGUUGGCUGAAGAUGGCUACUCGGGUGUACAAGUGCGCCACACUCCUGCCCGUCGUGAGAUCAUCAUCCUUGCCACACGCACGCAAAAUGUGCUUGGAGAGAAGGGUCGAAGAAUUAGGGAGCUCACUGCACUUGUGCAGAAAAGGUUUGAGUUUCCCAACAACAGUGUAGAGCUCUAUGCUGAGAAGGUGGCACAGCGCGGUCUCUGUGCAAUUGCUCAGGCUGAGUCUCUCCGGUACAAGCUUGUGGGAGGACUUGCAGUCAGGAGGGCAUGUUACGGUGUGCUUCGCUUCAUUAUGGAGUCUGGAGCCAAGGGCUGUGAAGUUGUGGUGUCAGGCAAGCUGCGAGGUCAGCGUGCCAAGUCCAUGAAGUUCACUGACGGACUCAUGAUUCACUCUGGAGACCCCAGGAGGCACUAUGUUGACUCUGCUGUGCGUCACGUGCCUCUCAGACAAGGUGUGCUGGGAAUCAAGGUAAAGAUUAUGUUGCCCCACGAUCCUACUGGCAAGAACGGUCCCCGCCUGGCGCUGCCCGAUCAUGUGAGCAUUCAGGACCCGAAGGAAGAGAACUUGCCUACCGAGCCGCACUCGGAGAGCAAACUCGAGAAGCCCAUGCUCCCCACCGCUGCUACAAUGCAACAGCAGCAGCCCGGUGGUCUGCCUGCUUGAGAAUAAAGCUUGUGCUUGAAA